AUGGCUCCUUUUGUUUCAAUUUUAAUAGGUUUUUUGUAUAUUUGUGGAGUAAAAGCAAGUGUAGAUGAGUAUCGACUAUUGCAGUAUUUGAAAGAAAAUUAUGACUCUUUUGAGCGACCCGUGGAGAAUAGCUCCGCCCCUUUAGAUGUGCAAGUUCGAUUUCUUCUUAAUCAAAUAUUGGAUAUUGAUGAGAAGAAUCAAGUGAUGUCGAUUCUAGCCUACAUGGAUUAUGUGAGACUAUUUUUCUAA